AUGACUGGAAUACCUGGCAAGAAGAAUAUUGGAGGAGAGAGAAGUGGAGGACAUCCAAAGGGAAUACAACCACUCAAUACAAAUCUCCCACCAAUGCCACACAUGCAUCCAGUAACAUCAGACUCAUCAAAUCAUUUAUAUGCCACACGAAGAAUAUGGAUCAAACGUAUCAAUGGGACACCCACGACUCUUAUCAUUCAUCGUAACGAUAUAAUAGAUGACUUGAAACUGGCUGUUACAAAUAAAUUCCCCAACACAUUAGGUCGAUAUUUUGACCCGGCGGAUUUACUCAUUAAGAUGGAUUUACUGACAAGGUCACCAGCGAAUGCAAAUUCUCAAAAUACCCCUAAGAGAAUGGCCGCUUCAUCAACGGGGAAACUCUCCCCUGAUCCUACGCAUAAGAGUCCCAUAACAUCACCAUUCCCACAAACUCAAGCAAAGAACACACCUCCUUCAAACUAUCUCUACAUCAAUUUAGACCCGGAUCAAAACGUAUGGAAUUUGUUGGACUAUUAUUAUCCUAAUGGGAUUAGUUUGAGUGAGGCACUUGUUGUUGAUACUCCUACUCUUGCUCCAUAUGUCGAUCAACAGUAUCACGACCAACAGGCUCAAAAUCCUCCACCUCAACAUCCACAACCUCAACAUCCACAACCUCAACAUCCACAACAUCCACAGCCUCAACACCCUCAACCACGUAGACAUCAAUAUACCCCACAUGUUCCUCAAGCGAAUACUUCUCAACAACAUCUUACAGUACAGAAUAAUAAUAAUGCUAGUACUAGAUUGGAAUCUCCGCAGGAACUGGCUACUGACACGCCAGUUUACUUCCAACCAAAGCCACAGAAUCUUUUCCUCAAUAAGUCACUUGCCAAUAAUACGACGUCAAUUGACCAAUUGGUAAAGGAUAGAUCUGUGUCGCCAUCCACUGUAAAUACAAGGGCUUCUCCGGGUCCGAUGCAUAGACGAGCACAUUCUAACCCUCCACAAUCACCUGUCAAUUACUCAGUUGGUAUGAGUCAAAGUAACAAUUCUAGCGCUGCAAAUAAUCAAGCAAUCUUACUUUUACCCAAAAAUUUUUCAUUAGCAUCGGGAGGAUCUAAUUCCGAAAAUAAUGGGUCAGGGAUAGAUAGGGACAAGAAGCGGUUAUCAUUAGAUUCCGGGUAUGCUCGUAAGAAUAGAGGAAGCUUUUCGUUAAAACCAUCUACUCUGGGUACGAACAUUACUAACAUAGGUAUGAGUCUUACUUCUCCAACUUCUGGACUGACAUCAUAUUUAUCUAUUCCAGAAAAGCAAGACAAAAAUGAUGUCAAUGACGAUAAAAAGGAUAAGAAGUCGACCAAGGUCGAAACAUCUACCGAAGAUUCAAGGAAGGUGGCAAAGUCGACACCUGUGGAUACCAAAACUGAAAAAUCAAAUGAAACUCAAUCUAAUAAUAAAGCAGUUAGUAAGCCAUUAUUCAAGACAUUAGGUGGCAAAGGAUCUGAUAAUAAAUCUAACAAUGCAAAUGGACAUGUGAAAUCUAAAUCCGCUACUGAACGGGUCCUUCCAUCUAUUUCAGUACUUGUAGUGGAAGAUAAUGCCAUUAAUCAAGCUAUUUUAGGGGCAUUUUUGAGAAAACACAAGAUUCAUUACCAAAUUGCCAAGAAUGGACAAGAAGCAAUUGAUAAAUGGAGAAAGGGAGGAUUCCAUCUUGUUCUUAUGGAUAUUCAAUUGCCCGUUAAAUCUGGUAUUGAAGCCACUAAAGAAAUCCGUCAUUUGGAAAAAAUUAACCGAAUUGGGGUAUUUGCACAGAAUGAAAUUCUUGUAAAUAAUCAUUAUCCAAACCAAUCAGAAUUGAAAGAAGAUGAAGUAUUAGACUUAAAUGUAUUUAGAUCACCGGUGAUUAUUGUUGCUUUAACUGCUUCCUCAAACUCGUCAUCUGAUAAGCAGAAGGCAUUGAUGGCUGGAUGUAAUGAUUAUUUGACUAAACCAGUUAAUUUGGUGUGGUUACAAAAUAAGAUUACUGAAUGGGGAUGUAUGCAAGCAUUAAUUGAUUUUGAUGGUUGGCAUAAAAGAGGUGGUAAUGGUGAAACAGAGAAGAAAACUAUAAAAAGUUUUGUACCACUGCAACAUAAUGAGAAAGGCAUGAUAUUGGGUGGUGUUGCUCCACGAGAGAUAAAGAGUUAG